CUCUUUGAUUACCAAAAGCCGUCUCCUUUAAAUCGGUCUUCAAGUCUCUCUCUAUUUCUCUCUCUCUCUCUCUCUCUCUCUCUCUCUCUCUCCUGUCUCUCUUUCUCACACACACAGAAUGGCGCUGAGGUCCCUCGACAAUGCUCUCCCAUCAAUGGCACCAGGAAGGCCAAAAAAGCAAGCGAAAAUCACAGUUUCAAUCCAAAAACAGUCAGAUAAAAUCGCUGUUAACGACGAAAAUUUGCCUCCAACGGGGGACGCCGCUAUAGACUAUAUUUCUUCUGAGAACCUCAAAGCCUUACCGGACCCAGAAUCCAAGAUUCAAAGCUUGAUCGAAGAUUUAGAAUCGAAGGACUGGACUAAGGUUUGCGAGUCACUGAACGAUGCUAGGAGAUUUGCGCUCUUUCAUUCCGCACUCUUACUCCCUGUUCUGGAAAAGGUGAUUCUGGUGGUGGUGAAGGCGAUGAAGAACCCAAGAAGUGCUCUGUGCAAAACCUCUAUCAUGGCUUCCUCUGAUAUCUUCGGCGCCUUCGGUGAUAGCUUGCUCGAAUCCACACCAUCUGCUGCAUUUGACCAAUUGCUAUUGCAGUUGCUGUUGAAAGCUUCUCAAGAUAAGCGCUUUGUGUGCGAGGAAGCAGACAGAACUCUAAACGCAAUGGUGGAGUUCAUGACCCCUCUUCCUCUGCUCCACAAGCUCAAGGCGUGCGUUACCCAUGCCAAUCUGAGAGUCAGAGCCAAGGCUGCCGUCUCCAUCUCCCUCUGUGUCUCCAAGAUGGGGUUGGAAGGAAUGAAAGAAUAUGGGUUGGCUUCGCUAAUGCAGAUGGCUGCAGAUUUGUUGAAUGAUAGACUGCCAGAGGCAAGAGAAGCUGCUCGAAGUGUCAUUGUUUCAAUCUAUGAGGGAUCGAUGAAACAUGAAGAACAGAAGCAAGAGUCGUGGCAGGAGUUCUGCCAAUCUAGUUUACCACCUAUUCAUGCACAAUCUGUUGUCAAAAUUGUAUCUUCUCAUUAAGCAUUUGUUGGCUACAUUAUCUCGAGCAGAAGUAGCCUCAAAGUCUCAAGGAAGAUGAGUUCCCAAUUCAUGUAAAAUGCUACUUUACAUGAUGUAGUUUGGGUGUUAAGAUAUUACUCACUUUCUCUUCCCUGGUAUGGAAAACCUUGUCUGGAAAACCAAGAAAGGGGAGAGAGGUUUUGAAUCUCAUGCUGGUGGAAUUCUGCAUGCCAGAAUGCAAGUCUUUUUUGGUAUUAAAGAUGCUAAAAUUGAAACGUUGAAACCAUUAGGUUCCA